GCCACCGGAGAGACCGUGGGCCGCUCCGGAGCGCUGCUGGUGAGGCGCAGCAGCCCACUGCACACCAGGCCCGAAGACACCCUUUGCAGAUAUCCCCGGCCUCAGUUCCCACCGCCGCCCAGGAAAGUGGUCUGAUGGUACCCAUUCUGCAGAUGGGCAGAUGCACACGCCAGUCUCGCGGCACGGAGUAGGCGGAACAGGGAUUUGGACCGAGGUCUCUUCGAUUCUGCAAACUGAAGACAUUUCCACCCACGGCUCCACCUCGCUGUGACCCUGCUUUGUCCGCGCGUUUGUGGUGACGGGGGGGGGCCUCCCACCACGCGCAUUCAGGGUGCCCCUCCCUUUUGCUUGCACACUCCUCUCCCUGCUUGCUCGCUGAACACUCAUCUCAAAAUCCCGUCACACACCCAUCUCCUUCCAUCCUCCCCCUCAGCGCAGAAACCGAGCACCAGCAUCCCGAGCAUCCCUCCCACUUGCCUCAUCUCCUCCCACCUCCUUGCCUCAUCCAGCCGCCCUUGCCUGCUGGGGUCCCUGCCUAGACCUCCCCUUGGGCUCCCAGCCUUGGAGAGGUGGAGCCACCAGUAGAGGAUGCAGUUCUGGGCUUGCGGACACACGUGAAGGCCCUAGUCCUGAGGAGAGACAUCAGGUUGUGCACUCGCCCUCUCCACCCCGCCCACUUCCACCACCAUGACAGACGGGGAACCAGAGGCCACUGCAGGUCACCCUGCUCAUGUGGCCAGAUAUUAGCACAAUCUGGAAUUUCAGACACCCUCCCCCCUUCCAGGAAACUGGCCCAAGGAGGGGCCUGGGCAUAUAUAGGGAGCCACUGUGGGAGGGCCUGGCCAGAGAGGCUUCAGGCAGAGAAGGCAAGACUAUGGCUUCUGCGGCAGCAGCAACAACAGAGAAGGGGUCUCCAGUUGUGGUGGGUCUGCUGGUCGUGGGAAACAUCAUCAUUCUGCUGUCAGGCCUGGCCCUGUUUGCUGAAACGGUAUGGGUGACCGCCGACCAGUACCGCGUGUACCCACUGAUGGGCGUCUCGGGCAAGGAUGACGUCUUCGCCGGUGCCUGGAUCGCCAUCUUCUGCGGCUUCUCCUUCUUCGCGGUGGCCAGCUUUGGUGUGGGCGCAGCGCUCUGCCGCCGCCGGUCCAUGAUGCUCACGUACCUGGCGCUCAUGCUCACCGUCUACAUCUUUGAGUGCGCCUCCUGCAUCACGUCCUACACCCACCGAGACUACAUGGUGUCCAACCCAUCCCUGAUCACCAAGCAGAUGCUGACCUUCUACAGUGCAGACUCGGACCAGGGCCGGGAACUCACCCGCCUCUGGGAUCGCAUCAUGAUUGAGCAAGAGUGCUGUGGUACGUCAGGUCCCACGGACUGGGUGAACUUCACAUCAGCCUUCCGGGCCACCACCCCAGAGGUGGUGUUCCCCUGGCCCCCGCUGUGCUGUCGACGGACUGGCAACUUCAUCCCCCUCAGUGAAGAAGGCUGCCGCCUGGGCCACUUGGACUACCUGUUCACCAAGAUGAUGAACCUCACUAGUGACGUAUGGAGUUGGGAUGUGAUUUCAGGCAGUCAGGCCCCAACCAGGUGCUUUAAUUCCUGCAAAGGGAGUGCAGAGGCAGAGAGAGAAACCAGAGGAGGAGAACCUGUCCCCUUGGCUGCCUGGGGGCCCUUCACCGUCAUGCCUUAGAUCAGAUGUCACACAGAGGGGAGCCUGCAUGCAAACCAUCACGGCCACCAGAGUCGGACAGCCCUUCCUUGAGCCCUGGCUCUCUGCAGAGUGCUUCCAUGCAUCAUCUCACAGAAUCACCACGACUGCUUUCGGAGGGCAGUGCUGUCAAAGAUCGCCAUUUCACAGAUAGCAAAACUGAGGCUCAGAGGGUCAGAAUCAUAGCUAGGCCCCAUAGCCAGCAAGCGGCAGAGCUGGCCCCCAGCUCCAUCCUGCCUGACUCCAGGGCACGCACCCUGAAUCUUUGUUCUUGGCUGCUUCCAAGUUGCGCCAAGCGGGGGUCUACAUGAAGGCGACAGGUGUGGGGCUCUGGGCCCACUCAGCCUGAGCUCCAAAUGAGGAGGUGUCAGAACUGGACUGAUCCUAAAGGCGUAUUUCAAACCCUUGGAACUUGGGGGCAGCAUGGGAAGCCAGCCCAAAACAAAAUCACCCUCAGACUGUCAUAGGCACCAUCGGGGCAGCACCUGCUUGUGCAGGGCCUGGGUUAACAUCACGUCCCUGGCUCCCUGAAACCACCCUGGGAGGGAGACACUGCUGGGGUCCCCAGGGUGAGACACCCACUUCCUCGUGGUCCCACAGGUAAGAAAACCAAGGCUCGAGGCAGGAAGUGACUUUCCCAAGGGCGCCCCGUGACUCUUGC